AUGGACCUGACUGCGGACUUCAAAUCCUUCCAGGACCUUGUUCAAGCCUCCCUCAUCAACGUGACGAGGAGCGCGACACAGGUGUCCAACCAAGACCUGGGUUUCCAUCGCUCUUCCAGCGACAAGCUGUCUCGCGCCCUCGAUCGCCAGAAUGCUCACCUUCUGCGCCUGACAAACAAACUGCUCAAGGCUGCCACUCAGGACACACCACUCAAGCCACCUACGCUUCAAAACCAAGAUAGUGUAGAGGACGACUGGCGCGGCAUUGUUGAUGUUGUUGACGGCCUGCUUGAGAAGGCUGACUCUGCACUUGAUGAGUUCUCUGGUAUCAUCAAACCCCAGGAUCCAGCUCGCCAAGGUGCCGACCCUUCUCCCAGACCUACAAAGACAGGCCUGGGUUUUCAGAGAUCGGCUGCAAGCAACCUGCAGAAACCUCAAACCCAUUUUCACAGACAGGUGAACAAUUCUGACCCAACCCCCUUUAAGCCUUUGCUCCAGACGAAGCCUCAUGCUAUUGUUCCGCUGGAACAAAGCAUAGGAACUGAAGAUACAGGGUACGGUUACCCCAUCCUUGUUUUACGCGCAUUUUCUCAUUCUGUGUUUAGAUACAACCACCCGUACGCACGAGAGAUCGAAGACUACAAAUACCCUCCUUCUGUUUACGAAUUCAAUCAUCCGAUACCAUUUAGUCCGAUUGGUGAAACCGAACAUAUCUUCGUUGACACAGAGGAAGGCGUCAUCGAGAUGCUAGAAGAGCUUAAAGGCGCCAAGGAGAUCGCAAUCGACCUUGAGCACAAUGAUUUGCGGUCAUAUGUUGGGCUAGUGUGUCUCAUGCAGAUCAGCACGCGAAAAAAAGAUUGGAUUAUUGAUACACUGAAACCAUGGCGCGAGAAGCUACAGAUGCUAAACCAAGUUUUCGCGGACCCGAAGAUCUUGAAAGUGCUACACGGCUCAAACAUGGACAUCAUCUGGUUGCAGCGUGAUCUAGGUUUGUACAUUGUUGGUCUCUUCGACACGUAUCAUGCAGCUUGCGCUUUGCAAUUCCAAGGGAAAGGCUUAAAGCACCUUCUUUUACAGUUCGCCAAUGUCCAUGCUCAAAAACAGUACCAGCUGGCGGACUGGCGGGUGCGACCUCUUCCUCAGGACUUGAUCGACUAUGCUCGAUCAGACACACACUACCUUCUGACCAUUUACGACCACAUGCGAAACAUGCUUGUCAAUGGUUCGGCGCCCAAUGUUAAUCUCACGGACUAUGUCUUGAUGCAGUCGAAGAAAGAAGCGCUUCAAGUCUAUACCCGUCAACUCUAUGACCUCGAGACUGGUGGCGGCCCGCUCGGCUGGUUUGCGUUGCUCACCCAGAGGUAUGUUAAUUUGAACAAAGAACAGCUUGGGGUCUUUCGUGCUCUUCACGCAUGGCGAGACCGGAGAGCUCGAGAAUUAGACGAGGGCAUUCAAUACAUCCUGCCCAACAGGACAUUGUGGCUUGUCGCAGAAAACAUGCCAACAUCGGCCUUCAAUUUCCAUCAGACGUGCAGAGGAGAAUCCAAGCUAGUCUCGGAUCGUAUCCCUGAGAUUAUCGAGGUUGUCAAGCAAGGCAAAAUUGAGGGUAAGAACGGCAAGUCACACGAAGAAGUGGUCCAGCACUGUGAGAAAGUCCUCGGCGUGACGAUUCGUCGACCACGGAAGGAGAAAAAGCCGCAACCUCAAAGCACGUACUCUGGACUGGGCACGACUCUGAAGCAGUUGGCCGCCACUUCAGCUUUAGCGUCACUGGAUUACGAUGAUCCGGUGCCCAUUGUGACCAGGUCGUCUGCUUCGAUGUUCUGGGGCGAUAUAAUGCCACAGUAUCAACACACUCCUACCGAUACUGCCAGUGCAAUCGAAGCUCUUUCAUCGAUCGUCCCGCUACGCCUGCUCGUCACGGCCGAGAAGACCGAAAAAGAGGCAGCAGCCGUGGUCCAGCCUGUAUCCCAGUCAACUCAAGCGGAAACCUCGACCACACCAGCGAAGACAAUCCAUCCGUGGCCUCCCACAGCAAAAGACCAACUCCGUUUUGAAGCCAACGAGAUCUUCACCCUGAGCGAGAUGUCUCGUUCGAACAAGGGCAAGAAGCGAAAGACAGAUGACAUUAACGAAGAUGUCGAUGACAAUGGAUUGACUGUUCUCGUCCGUCCCCCCAGCACCAUGAACGGAACCACUACAGGAAAGACGACAGCUGCUGGCGUGGCAAUCUCAACCUCGACUUUUUCCCCCCAAGACCCAGAACCAGCCGAUGCAGAACGAAACGCAGAAUUCGAAUCAAAACGUCAAGCGAAGAAGCAGAAAAAAGCUGAGAAGAAAGCUCGCAAAGAGGCCGAGAAAGUUGCGACCGAAGCCAAGGCACGGGCUACGCAGCCGUUCGACUACGCUAGUGCGCCGUCGUUGCUGACUCCUGAUUCGCUGCCGUUGGCACAGCAAGGUGACAGUGGUGGUGCUGCCGGAGGUCGCGGGCAAGGACAGAUGGGAGCGGCACGGGAGAUAAUGAACCCUUUGGCGAAAGCAUUGGAUACCAGUAAGGGGGUGAGAAGAGGAAAGAUGGGCAAAGAGCUGCAGGGGAAGAGCAUGACUUUCAAUUCUUGA